CUGCAGGUUCUCGCAUGGGCAGGUGGUCCCCGUGGAUGAGCUGCGUCCCUUCCAAGACCCAGAUCUGAGCACCCUGCAGGCCGGCUCCGCCUGUCUGGCCAAGCACCAGGAUGGCCUCUGGUACCCGGCACGGAUCACUGAUGUGGACAGCGGCUACUACACGGUCAAGUUUGACUCGCUGCUGCUGAAGGAGGCUGUGCUGGAGGGGGACAGUGUCCUGCCCCCACUGCGCACAGAGGCCACGGAGUCCUCCAGCUCCGACAGCAGCGACUCUGAUGUCUCCAGCUAUGCCAGAGUGGUGGGAUCAGGCACUGUGGACACGACCUGCAGCCUCGCCUUUGCGGGCUGGGAAGCGCACACACGGGGCAUCGGCUCCAGACUCCUCACCAAGAUGGGCUACGAGUUCGGCAAGGGGCUGGGCCGACAUGCACAAGGCCGGGUGGAGCCCGUCCACGCGGUGCUGCUGCCCCGAGGGAAGUCGCUGGACCAGUGCGCAGAGACCCUGCAGCGGAGGGUCAAGGGCGGUGAGGCGGUGGCCAGCAGGCCCCCCAGGCGUCGCAGGAGAGGGGGCGGGGGUGGCCGGCCACCCCCCCGGAGCGUGUUUGACUUCCUGAAUGAGAAGCUGCAAGGCCAGGUUCCCGGUGCCCCGGAGACUGGGGCGGCCCAGCCAGGGAGAAGGGGCGAGAACAUGUACCACGCCAGCAAGAGUGCCAGGCGGGCCCUGAGCCUGCGGCUCUUCCAGACGGAGGAGAAGAUUGAGCGCACCCAGCGGGACAUCCGGGGUAUCCAGGAGGCCCUUGCCCGGAAUGCCGGCCGGCACAGUGCGACAGCAGCCCAGCUGCAGGAGAAGCUGGCAGGUGCGCAGCGGCAACUGGGGCAGCUGCAGGCCCAGGAGGCCGGUCUGCAGCGGGAGCAGCGGAAGGCCGACACCCACAAGAAGAUGACGGAGUUCUAGAGACUGCACAGCAGAGCCCCGGGCUGAGGGGCCGUCUGUAGGGAGGCCAGCCUGGCCACCGGGACGCGUGCAGGCCACCUCUGGACAGCCCUUGCUCCCUGGCCCACCCGCCAGCGUUGUGGCCUCUCCUUAACAAGGACAUUAAAGUGCUUUGGUGGCGAGUC